CGUAUUAAAAGAGGUAAAAAGCGCCUAAAAGCGACAAAGCGCAGGCGAGCGCCAAACCUGCGCAGAAGCGGCUCGCCAUGAGAAAGCAAAGCUUUUUCGGCGCUUUUUCUUAAGCUCGCUUAAUGAAAAAUGAUCGCUUUUAAGAGGUUCUCAGUUCUCACAAAAAGCGGUCAAUUGACCAGUCAACUAAAAAAAAUGGUCUUCUCGUCUCAGCGCUACAAGUUAGGGUUAUCACGUUAGAGUUGUUCGACUCUUUCCCACUUCAGACAUAGCCGCUGCCGAAGAAAUCGCAGCCUUGAAGAGGAGUUCUCCCAGGUGAUCGUUGUUUCCAAGUUGUAACUGGCAGGCGAAGAGGAGUUCUCCCAGACUUUCUCCUAGGUGCUGUGCAGUAUGGUGAAAUUGGAGAACAUGGCUUUGCACAUGAGAGUACUCUCAUUGUUGGUGCGUUCGGUAGCAUUGGUGAUAUGCAUUUCCAAUUCACUAGAUGUGUAUGUCAAUAGGCAUCCCUUUGAAAAGUUAGAGAUGUGGCUUCAUAGUUUGCAAAUCAUUCUAUCCUUUCAUGUCAUUGCCUUCCAGUCCAGACACUUAAUGAAGGCUUCUUCUACUUAUGAAUGUUUCGCUAUCAUUACAUCUGCUGCUGUCAUCCAUCAAGGUUUAAACAAAGCUUUUUGGGAAGAGUUGGAGAAGACUCAUUUUUCUUUGUCUGGUUUUGCUGUGAGAGUGCAUUUAGUUUGCUUAGCUAAAAUUAUUGGUGAAUUAUUCACAUUGGAGAGCAGUCUCAAUGUGGAGAAGGGUCUCAAUGUGGAGAAGGGUGUCGAUGUUAAGAAGGUUCAAUAGUUGGAAAAAGUAUUGGCAAGGAAGUUCUGCGUGAUUCACAAGUGAUUGCUCAUGUAAUUUCUAUAUAUCAUAAACUGACAAUAUGUGUAAUUUUAUUUGGUGGUGUGGACCGCUUCACUUGUUGAUGUGAUUUAAGGUUUGACAAUAUAUGUAAUUUUAUUUGGUGGUGUUACAUACGUAUUGUUCAGCUCUUAACAGUGUCAACAUCUUGCCAAUUCUUUUGGGAUGA